ACAUUCACAAAUCAUUCUUGACUCUUGUCAAAUAAAACCGUACUUUCAUGUAAAUAAUCAAUUCUAAUGUUUUGUGUAAAUAGUUAAACAAACAGAUGAAAUAAAGUGAGAAAAUAAAUAGUGUUCAGUGUUAUUUAGAUCGACGACAGCGUAAACAUUGAUGGCACGUGAUGACACGCAACAAUGGGAAGACGAUGACCAGCAAUACUCCAGUAGAGAUAGUGAUGAUAGUCCGUUGUUGUCGUACAGAUACAAUAGGAGUAGAAGGUAUGCACCGUACAGUAGAGAAAUUAAACCGGAGAGGGAGAGGCGGUGGCCGGUGACGGUGAUAGCGAAGUUUUCGCUGUUCAGCACGGCCAUGAUACUGUUCUGUGUUUUAAUGUACAUACCGGUCUAUAAUAGGGCCAACGACCAGAUGCCAAAAGUAGCCGUAGCUGGCUGGUCGAUACACACAAAUAGGGAUACUAAAAUAUACGUCCAACCAGACAACGUAACAACGAUACACGAACCGAAAGACGUUUGUCCCAAAAGCAGUAGAAAUAAAAAGAAUAACCUCUUUCUUCUCAUAGUCGUCUGUUCUUCCACAAUACAUUUCGAUAGGCGUACAGCAAUACGAGAAACGUGGGGAAAUUACAAGAAUUAUUUGAAUUCGUCGAAAAUUUUCCACGCAGCACACGAGAAAUAUAAAAAUUACAAUUAUACAUAUGAUUUAUAUAAUGAAUCUAAUAAUACAGUAGAUAGAAAGAAAAGGGGCAUCUCCAGUUUUGGUCAGUUACUUCCAGAGUUAGCGAAGGCAUUAAAAGAUAAUAUAGUAACAGACGGACCAGUUGAAAAGCGCUUCGAAGAUGAAAGCGACGAAAAAAUGUUGCCAGAAUUCGAUAUGAACAAAGAAUUGGGGGAAAAUGAAGAAGAAGAUUACGAUUAUGAAUCUAAUAAUAACAUAAUGAAAAUACCCCCAAAAGGUUAUGAGGAUAACAUUGAUUUGGACAAAGUCAUUGCAAUGUUGAAAAAUGUGAAAGAUUUCCCGAAAGAGGAGAUUCUAGAAGAAGAAAGUGGUAACACUGUACCUGAUUUCAAAGUUGUGUUUCUAUUGGGGUUGCCAGCUAGUGAUAAUAGUAGUGAUAUCCAGGAUAAAAUAGAUGAAGAAGUAGAAAGAUAUGGGGAUGUUAUUCAAGAGGGUUUUAUUGAUUCGUAUAACAAUUUAACUCUGAAGUCGAUAAUGAUGUUGAAAUGGGUGACGAAUAAUUGUAAUGAAAGUGUGCGCUACAUCCUCAAAACGGACGACGAUAUGUAUAUAAAUGUGCCAAAUUUAAUAAGUAAUUUACAAAACCGGUCGAAAAUACACGACGAGAGUAGUCACAAGGAGAAAGAGUAUCUGUUGAUUGGAGAUCUUAUUUGUGGGGCGAGACCUGUCUUAGAUACGAGUAAUAAAUGGUACAGCCCCCGCUACAUGUACGGCGGUAGCGUGUACCCGCGGUACCUGUCUGGUACGGGGUACGUUUUCUCAGCUCCAGCCGCGCAUGCGCUGUACAGAGCCGCGUUGCGAACUAGCUACUUCCAUUUGGAAGAUAUUUAUAUUACUGGUAUAUGUGCGGCUCGCGCGUCACCCCGCGUGGUGCCGCGCGACGAGCCCGGCUUCACGUACAGCGGCGGCGGCGCGUGCGCCGUGCACGCGCGGCUCAGCGCACACCGCGUGCCGCCGGGGGCCAUGCGCCGGGUAGCGAACUUGCUGCGGGCUGAGCGGGUUGUGGACGGGUGCGAGCGAAAGCGUCUCACUCAGAUGAAAAAUCGGCAAGGAAGGAUAUACAUAAUAUACAAGUACCUUCGAUUGUUCGUGAGCAAGCAAUGCUAAGGAAAAACGUCUGUUUAUGUACUUUACCAGGUAUAUAAAAGUUUUCAAGUUACAAUUUUAUUCGGAAAUGCAUUCAAAGACUUUAAGUUAUUGAAGUAAGUGAUUUUACAGUUCAAGAACUCUUUUACCCAUCUCGAAUAAUGAAAUUACUGUGUAUACUUUUAAAACGUCUAGAAUAGUAUUUUUUUAUAUAUUUUGUGAAUCAAUUAUUUUUAUCGAUAUUCCCAAUUUUGUAUCUUUAAUAUUUGCUUGGCGCAAUAUUUAUUUCUAUUAUAUAUUUGAUAAAAUAUUUUAUACAAUUUUAAAAUAAUUACACACCAGGUUUUGUAUUGUAAACAGACGUUACAACAAUCGAAUACAAAUACAAAAUACAAAUAUAGUCACAAUACAAAUAUUAUAUUUUUGUAUUUUAUGUAUGGGACCAUUUUAUUAUCUCAUUUUUUUUGUAUAUUUUAUUUCGUAGAAAUUGUGAUAAGACUAAAUGUUAAUUUUUUUAAUAUUUUACUAUUUAAAUGCUCAAUCAUACACAAUCUCUUAGUUUUAAGCAAAAUGCCUCGAUAUAUUAUUUGCUACAAUUAUUUUUAGUUAAUUUUAUAAUUUUAUUGAGAUUUAUACGUAUUACAAGCCUUUUAAAUUUAAUAAAAGGUGAUAUUAUUCUGUAAAUUUUUAUUUUAGUUCAUAGCUCGCAAUAAAAGUUUGUCAUACAACAACACAGUAUUUCAACUUUGCUUUAAUACCAAAUCUGAUUAGAAAUAACACGCAGUAAUGAGCUUUUAAAAGCUUAGCUUCUUUAAAGCUACGAAUUCACAUAUCGUUUUUUUUACAAAUACCAUAUUAUAAUUCUAAUUUCUGCGCCCUUUUAGAGUGGAAUUUAUAACCCAAUUAGAUAUAUGUAUAGAAUUAUAGAAUCUCUUAUAUUUUAUUUAAAGGGUUGUGGUAAAAAAAAUAUAAAUUAUGAAAAACUUUCAUUAGCUAGAACUGUUUUAUCAAUUAUUAUUACUUUGGUUAUACGAAAAAUCAUUAUAUUAAAAAAAAUGGUUUUAUUUUUAUUCAAUUGUCUUCCUUUUUAAAUUGCGUUUGACAAUUUUAUAUUAGUCAAUAUUAUAAGUUUAGGUUUUAUUUUUUGCAAGAUAAGGUAAUGAAGUUAUAUGUGUUUUAACAAUUUUGUAAUGAAUAGAAAUGAAUGAAUUUUUAAUGUUUUAACCUGAUUUAUGUUAACAACAUCACAAUUUUAAAAUUUUCCCGUGGUAUGCGUUAAAAUUUUAUCGUUAGAAGAUAAAUUGAUGAAAUAUCUAUUGUGUACAAUGAAAAAAUGUUUGCAAAACAAAUUAUUUGCUUUAGUAAUCUUAUUGUUAAUUUAAUUACAUAUAUAGAAAUUAAAGUCUUCUUAGCAAUUUAUCAGUUUUAUUUAAGCGGACUUGAAAAUAGUUUGGCCUGUGUUAAUAAAAGACGAUUUCUAUUUUUUUUUAUCAUCCACAAUAAUUGAUCACAAGAAUAGUUAUUGUAAUAACUGUAUGAUACAGUAUUUUGUCACAUACUAUGAAAAAAUGCGAAUCUACAAAAUCUCGCAGGACGUAUUAAAAAUUAUCAAAAUAUCUUUUAUUUUAAAAAUCUUACAAAAUUCUCGAAUAAUGUGUAAUUCUAUAGUUUCUUAGUUUAUUAGUAAAUGAAUAAAGAGAUAAGCCAUACUUACAGCUAAUUUUGUUUGGUUGUAUAGCGUUUAGUCCACUAUUAUAUUUUUAUUAAUAUAUCUAAAAUUGGGCCAUUUUUAUUUUCGUGUUAUGGGUGAAGCAAUUUAUAAAAUCUAUUAGAUUAAGAAUCAAUUUCCGUAAUGGGACCUGAAUAUUGUAAUGUGUGCUUGUAAUUGUAGUAAUUCACGUAUAUAUUGAAAGUUCAAUACGAAAUAGACAAUAAAAUGUUUGCGCUUUUGAUUUAAGACGAGCUCAUGCUAAAUGUUUAAGGAUGUAGUCAUUUUAGUAAUUAAGAUUACAUAAUACAUUAUACUUUAUUACUUAUUGUAACUAAUAUAUAAAGUUUAUAUACUGAAAAAAAUAAUUUUCACUUAAAUCAAUAGUUUUUUUAAAUCGUAGGUACAUGGCUCUUUGUAAAAAUUAUCACUAGUGUAGAUACCAUAAAAAGUCUAUAAAAACGUGAUUUUAACAGACAAUUAAACUUAUAACAUAGAAGAUGCUUCUAAGUUGUCUAUUUAUUUUGUGUGAGUAUUGUUCAAAUAAUUUUUGUCAAAUAUAUGACUUUACAAUGUUUGAACAACUGUUUAUUAUAAUAUAUCGUUUGGGUAUUCUUAUAGCUGAUUAUUAUUUGUUUCGCUUCUUAAGUUUAAAUGUUAAUUUUGAGUAUCCUGUUAAUAAUUAUAUACGCAAUCUUAAGGAAAAUGUUUGAAAAUUGUAACACGACAUCAGUAUUUCCUCCUAUUUUGUCAAAGUGCUUCAAAUUAAUUUAAAAUAAAAAUUAUUUAAAUAUCUAUCCUUAAACAUUUAGCAUGAGUUCUGGGAAGGGAGGUAUGUAAAAUUCUGUAAAACAGAAGUUUGUCAGAUAUCCAAGCUCUCACUUCCUGUUCGAUUCCAUCAAUUUUUGUACAGUAAUAUACGCUCUAGUAUGAGGUAAAUGUUUGCGGCUGUGGCACGCCUUGCAGAUUAUAUCAGAUAUUAUAUUGCAAAUUAUAUAAAAGAAAUAUCAUAUGAAGUGUAUAGAAUCAUUGUUUUUUAACUCGCGUGUGUAAAAAUAAAGUAACUCAUGAAGUAAAUUGUAUUAAUAGAAAAUAUUGUGUGAUUAUCUCAGAUGUGUCAUACUUUACAAAAUAAUUAAAUGAAAUACGUAUUCAAUACAAAAGUACAAUUUUUGUGUUAUUUUGAACGUAAAGUAUAAAAUACUUGAUAUUGUUGUUGAAAUUGUUUGCCAAUACAAAAUUGUAUUGUGUUUUAAAUCUUUGUAUUACAUGUUUUUGUAUUUGACACAUCUGAAACGAUGUUGCCAUAUUAUUAUUGUAAAAUAGUUAUUUUUUCAUAUCUAAAGUAUUGCUGUAAUAGCUUUGCCUUGUCAGUCCCAUACGCAUAGUGUUCUUAAUAUUGUGAUGAAUUUUAUAAUAAAUUGAUGAAAUCAA